AUGGAACUUCUUUCAGUGCAGAAACACAAAGAUGCUGGUGUAAGACCCGCCAUCUUUGUCAUAUGAGCACUCAGUCUGACAGGAUAGUAUCCAAUCAGUUUGGUUGAGGAGCCAAUGGAUCAAAUGGAUGGCAGGCUUCAGCAAUCAAUCAGAUGGGAGCAGCCUUGGUAUAAAGAACUGUGUAAUCAUGUUCCCACCCUCAUUAGCGAAUUUGCUUUGGAGGGAAAUCUGCAUUGAGCCGUGCGGACUUUGUAGCGUGUUCGAAAGGAAAGACUCAUUGAGAUAGAUGGAAAAGCAUUAUUGAGAAAACACUUAGAAGUGGAUUCAAAAUUUGAAAAACUGGAGGUGGCCAUUAAACCCAUUGUGAAUGGUAGAUAUUCUUCCUUGCCUAACUUAUUAUUUAACUAUAGUUUUAACGUCAGCAUUGCCAAGAUUAAGCCAUCCUUAAGAAUUUUUGGGGAAGAGAGCAGGGGACAACUAUUUGCAGUAAUCUAAAAUUUUCUGCAUUACUGGUACAAGGUAUUCUCCUUCAUCACACAGAGUAUAAAAUCACUCUAUCUAAUCUCAGAACUGUCAAUAUUAUAUUAUUGCUUUUUUUUAUAGAUACUUGUGAUACCUUGUGGCACUAAAAGAAAGACUGAUAGAUUAUCAUUAAAGGAUUAUGACAUGCUGCUUACCAGAAGAGAAAGAGGGUAGCUUAGUUGCAAAGAGAAGAGCAUUUACAAUACAAAGUAGGUAUAAAUCUAAAAAGUAAUGGAAAGUCUCUUGUGUCCCAUUUUGGUAGUUAACCUAAGGAUCAUGUUUACAUAAUUUUUAUUUUGUGCUUUCAUGAAACUGAUUUGAUUACUGGUAAUGCCAAGAACCUCUCACCACUUGGAAAAUCACUCAAAGAUGAAAACUAAGAUGAUAAUUUAUGUUAUGAGUGGAAUUUCUUUUCCAAAUUAUUAUAGUAACACUUGAUGAUCAACUUAAGUUCUGAUGACAAUACAAUACAAUACAAUAUUUAUUUUGCCAUAUACAACAUUUACAGAUGGAAAAAAAAAAUGAAGAAAAUUGAUGACAGAAAAUAAAUGGCGAGAAAUCCUGAAAGAAACCACGAGGCUUAUAACAAGUCAGGCUUUCUCACUUAAAAUAACUAAUCUUAUAUUAGAAUUACAAUAUGGACUUAUGGUAAUUAACUUUGACCGCGCAGACGUACACACACACACACGCACACUCAUAUUAAGUAAGUUAGUUAAGAAUUACUGCCUUACAGAAGUUAAUACCUAGAGAGAAGAAAUUCCUUAAGCUUUCUUUUAAAAGAAGCGGAGGAGGGAGAACUAGUUAUGUUAGAAUUUAGCGAAUUAUAAAAGUUUGGACCUUGAAAGUAAAUUGAAAACUUCCUGGUGUUCGUUCUGCACGGUGGCAAGCGGAAGGACUGAGCAUUCCUAGUAUUAUAAUUGUGGAUUUGACUAUUCAGUAAAAAAAAGUUACUGAAUUUGGAAGGGAGUGUAGAGUUCUCGAAUGAGAACAUAAAAGUACCUAAUUGAAACGAAUGGAUAUCAUGAAAUUUUAAGAGUUUAAGUUCCUUAAAAAUAGGGCCAGUAUGGGCAAUGUAUGUAGAAUUGCUUACUAUUCUUAACGCACGUUUCUUUAAGGUUACAAUUAAUGUGAUGUGGUCCUGUGUCUAACAGAAAAAAUAUAAAGAUCAAACAGCAGUUUGUUAAUAAAUAAUCUCCUUUACCAGGAAAAAAAAUGACAACAAAGGAGGUAGAGAAUAGAUGGCCACAUGGAAGUGCCUUACCAGUUUACAGAAAUAAGGCAGAUGCUAUCCAAGUGAACAGGUUUUCCCGAGUGUGAACGUGGUAAAGAAGUAGUCCUGGAAACAGUUUUAAAGAAAAUUAAGGAGCACAGAUGCUAGCAGAAAGAAAAACCCCUUACCAGAGAAGAAGUGCUGUCAACAGAAAGUGCAUCUGAGUCAAUCAAGUCAGCCGAGACCAGGAAGGGAAGUCCUGGUCCACCCACCUAUACAUUUCAGUUGCAACAUGUGAAAGUGUACAACCUUUAUUUUGAUGAAGGUGAAGGAUUUAGAGAAGUUAUUGCCGCGAAUAAUUGACUCCCAGUCUUUUUUCUUAAUCUUGAGAACCAAAACCUCUACUUAAAAGUUAAAAGAAGCAAGUGAUAAGACAAAGUAAGGUAAAUUUUGUCGUGUUUUCAAACCUUAAUGUAGGAUGGGUUUGUAAAACAUGGUUUCAUAAUAUUUUUUCGUCUAGUGUAUGGGGCACCAGAAAAUGUCCAUGCAAAGUCAUUGAAAAUUCUAGGGGGGUCUCAGUAGGCAAACUUUUUAAAGGAAAGUGUAAUGUAUCAACUAAGUGUAAUGUAUCAACUUGUUUUUAUAGUGCUUCUCCCAUGUGAGUCGACCAUGUUGCUUUGUUUAAUAAACUUGAGUAAUUAUCUUGACUGCUGUUGACUUGUUACAAGGUGUCAGGAAAAUCAUAACACACACCUUAGAUCAUCAGUCUCACUGUGCUUCGUUGACAAGGUUUUUCAUUUUUAGCCUCAUUGCAUCGCUCCAACUUUGAAGGAUUUCCACGUGGCAUGGCUCAAGUGAUCCUGUCGAUUCUUUGCUUUGUGUGUGUGUGUCUCUGUUUUUCCUUGAUGUUGACCUCUGUUGGUAGUUCAGCCAUCAGUGCAUAAUGGGCAAGGAGCGAUGCAAGCUCAUCGGAUCGCGGUAGGGCAUUCAAGUUCUUCAUGGCAAAUUUCAGAGACUUUUGUGUAAUGGGAGAUUACAUAAGUCUGGCCAAACCUUUCGACAGCGAGGACUACUGGAUAGCCGCUAAACGUUCCAAAGCUAUGGCCGCUCUUCGUCGCACUUUCCCACAAGCGGAAUGGGAGUCAAGCGGAAUUACCGAGGAGGACAAACAAAAUCCUGCAAAGUACACACCAUUUCCUCUGUAUCCUGAAACAAGAGCCAGGAAUGUCUAUCCAAGCAUGGCAUACUCUUGUGUGUGUGGAAUACCAAAAAUGCAACUUCCCUUCAGCAGGAGAUGACAGAUUGCAGAGAGACAUCUUUGUUACUGGCCUAAAUGAUUAUUUCCAAUGCUUCCACAGUGACAUCAUGUCUCAUGAAGAUUUAAUUUCUCUAACCUUUGCUCAAGUCACUUCUAAGGAUCCUGAUUUUGAGGCAAGCAUUCAAACUGACUCUGCCCUCACCCAGCAACACCUGGAAGAAGCUACCAACAAAGUCACGCCCGCCAAAAACAAGCCUAAAUGGCCCCAUAGCCCUGAAAUAGAAACCACUUAAACACUUGUGUGUGGUGUGGACAUGCAUCACAUGCCACUCGCCAUGACUGCCCCACAUCAAAUGACAUGUGCCAUGGCUGUGGCAAACACGGGCACUGGCAGCAAGUUUGCAGGGCUUCUUCUGUACAUCAUGCCACUCGCCAUGACUGCCCCAAAUCAAAUGACAUGUGCCAUGGCUGUGGCAAACACAGGCACUGGCAGCAAGUUUGCAGGGCUUCUUCUGUGAAAUUUGUAUCUGAUGUGGACCAGAACUUGAACAGCAAUCCUCAGUCCAACUACUUCAUCACACAUGUUGUAUGUCAAGACUCACUCAAGGGCAUCUUUUUCGACCUUGACCUCAGUCCCCCUGCUUCCACACCAGCCUCUCCCAAACGGCUCAGAUUGACUCUGGUUACUCCUGCAACACUAUACAUGUCACUGACCUCAACAAGCUCUCCCCUGUGA